UUUUUCAAUGUCAAAUUUAGAUAAUCCAGGAAUAUUUUAUCAGGGACGAACUUUUACUGAUACAGGAGGGGGAGUUGAUGGAGGCCGAGAAUUGGUUGCUGAAUACAAACAAAUGGAUGAACAAUUUCAACGUUUUAUUAAAGAAUUUAGUGAGAAGGGAAUGGUUUGGAUUUACAGAGAACAAUUAAAGAAAAAUUAUACACUUGGGCAAUAUUAUUUAACCAUACAAUUUAACGACUUGCGCAACUUUGAGGAAGAUGUUGCCAAUAAAUUAAGACGUUAUCCAGCUACGCUUCUUCCAGCUUUGGAAUCUGCUGCUAAAAAGGUUGCUAACGACAUUACUAAUCCUCGUCCAGCUGGUCAAGAAGAAGUUCGAGAUAUUCAAAUAAUGCUGAAUUUGGAUGAUAAACCGCAGAGCAUUCGCCACAUUAAGAGUUCUGAAGUAUCUCAACUUGUAAAAAUUUCUGGUAUAAUUGUUGCUGCUUCCCAAGUCCGCUUUCGUUCAACUCGUUUAACUCUACAAUGUCGCACUUGCCGACAUACUAUUAGUGAUCAGGAAGUGAAGCCUGGUUUUGAGCAAUUUCAAAUGCCUCGUCGUUGUUUAGCUAACCAAGUUGGUCAAUUACAACGUUGUCCAAUGGAUCCAUACGCAAUUUUACCGGACAAAUGUCGAUGUGUUGACUUUCAACAGCUUAAACUGCAAGAAUUGCCCGAGGAUGUCCCUCAUAGCGAAAUUCCUCGACAUUUGUUAAUUUACGUUGACAGAUAUUUGACGGAUAGAGUGACUCCGGGAAAUCGAAUUACAGUUACUGGGAUUUAUUCGAUUAAAAGAUUACAAGGAGGGAAAUCAAAGGAGAAAACAGCUGGAAUGGCUGGUAUUCGUGUCCCUUAUAUUCGUGCUAUUGGAAUUGAAGAAUUAGCUAAAAAUCCAAAAGUUUAUGAAAUUAUUACGAAAAGUAUUGCUCCUUCUAUUUAUGGAGCAGAUGACAUUAAAAGGGCAAUUGCUUGUUUAUUGUUUAGUGGAUCUAGAAAAAUUUUGCCUGAUGGCCUUACUCGCCGUGGAGAUAUUAACGUUUUACUUUUGGGAGAUCCUGGUACUGCAAAAUCUCAAUUACUCAAAUUUGUAGAAAGAGUAGCACCAAUUGCUGUUUACACUUCAGGCAAGGGAAGUAGUGCUGCUGGACUUACUGCUUCUGUUAUAAGAGAUCCAGCUUCGCGUUCUUUUAUUAUGGAAGGGGGUGCUAUGGUUUUGGCUGAUGGAGGUGUUGUUUGUAUUGAUGAAUUUGAUAAAAUGCGUGAAGAUGACCGUGUAGCCAUACACGAGGCUAUGGAACAGCAAACAAUUAGUAUAGCUAAAGCCGGAAUAACCACAACUUUAAAUUCUCGUUGCUCUGUUUUGGCUGCUGCCAAUUCAGUUUUUGGUCGUUGGGAUGACACUCGCGGAGACGAAAACAUUGAUUUCAUGCCAACAAUACUUUCACGUUUUGAUUGUAUUUUUGUUGUUAAAGACCAAUAUGACAGAAAUAGAGAUGCUCAAUUAGCUAAACAUAUUGUGAAAGUACACACACAAGCAACACAACCAUCAGCAUUAAAUUCUUUUGGAGGAAUUGAUGGAAAUAUUAAUGGAAUUGCUGCACCCGUAGAUGAAAAUAUGAAUGAUGAUGGGGAUGAAAAUAUGUUAAUUGAUUCGAAUGAUGGAAAUAAAGAACUUUCUUUGGAUUUUUUAAAACGUUAUAUUGCUUAUGCUAGAGCUGUUUGUGGACCUCGUAUUUCUGAAACUGCUAGUGAAUUGUUACUUAAUCAAUAUGUAAAAUUAAGAAAUCCACAAAUUGACCAAAAUUCUCAACAACAAACUUGGAAAGGAAAAAAACAUGGGCAAUCGACAAUACCCGUAACUGUGAGACAAUUAGAAGCAAUUAUUCGUUUAAGUGAAUCAUUAGCUAAAAUGGAAUUACUUCCUUUUACUGAAAAAAGACAUGUAGAAGAAGCUAUUCGUUUAUUCAAAGUUAGUACAAUUGCUGCGGCACAAAGUGGAAGUUUAAGCGGCGUUGAAGGGUUUACUUCUAGAGAGGACCAAGAAUCAUUUGAUCGAGUUGAGAAACAAUUAAAACGUCGUUUUCAAGUGGGGACUUAUGUAUCUGAACAUUUAAUUAUUGACGAAUUUAGUAAACAAAGCUAUCCAGAGGCUUUAGUUCGACGAGCAAUUGACUUUUGUGUGCGUCGUGGGGAUUUCCAAUAUAGAAUGCAAAGAAAAUUACUUUAUCGAGUUAAGUGA